AUGACCUUAGACCACCAAAAUCGCGUUGGUUCAAAAUUCGGUGGUGGUGGAAUAUACGGAGAAGCUGAGAGCAACGCCGACAGAAGAGAGAGACUGAGGAAGCUAGCCUUAGAGACUAUAGAUUUGAGUAAAGACCCUUACAUCCUGCGCACCCACUUAGGUACAAUAGAAUGCAAGCUGUGCCUCACACUACACCCAAAUGAAGGCUCUUAUCUCGCUCACACCCAAGGAAAGAAGCACCAAACUAAUCUAGCCAGACGCGCUGCAAAGGAGAGCAAAGAGAACGAGCUUAGCAUGUCCACUACAAAUUCAAACGGCGUCCCUGGCCCUGACACUAUCACCCCUAAGAAACAUUUCGUUAAAAUUGGAAGACCCGGUUAUAAAGUGACAAAGGUUAAACAGGUUAUUGGUAGUUCUGAUGGUGGUGCUGAUGGUAACGAACCCGCAACCACCAAGGUCGGACUCCUUUUUCACGUCCACCUUCCUCAAAUCAAAGACAAUGAAAAACCACGUAGACGCUUAAUGAGCGCUUUCGAACAGCGCAGGGAAAUGCCUAACGCUGCAUAUCAAUAUCUUCUUAUCGCUGCUGAACCUUAUGAAACUAUCGCCUUUAGAGUCCCCUCUGGUACCGUUAAUAUUAACCAACAGGACCAACUAGGUGAUGAUGCCGUUGGGUGGGAUUUCUGGGAUGUCGAUGCAAAGAAUUAUAGCGUGCAGUUACUCUGGGAUUAA